AGCCGCCAAGGCCCAUGCGUUCAUCGUCAACCAGCUUCCACGUGCGGCGGCUCUGCUUGUCAGGACUUCCGUGUGUGAAGCGACGAGGUAUCAGAUCUCAGGGACUCUGGGAAUACCGCAGGAUUCCCGAAAUCAUCUGCAGUGUCGACAUUGCAUCAAACAUGAUUGGCUAGAGAGCGGGCCACAAUCUGACAUCUCCUCAUCUUUGCGACAAAGGUCAUCUUCACGCCGUCUUGAGAGGAUUCGCGCGGGUCAUCACCGAAUAGCGAUCGAACCCACAGCAUGACGCACGGCGAUCUUGAAUUCAGUGUGAGACCAGUCCGCCGAGUGGAGCAGGCAUGGCCAUGUCCACGGUCUCGACAGCUUCGCGGCUGCGUGCUGCCUCACGAGGUCUCAAUACCCUCGAGGAGGCUUCCAAGACCGCUCUCCUGAUCGGACAGCUUCCGCUAUGGAAAUCCUCGUCCGACCCACCGUCGUCUUUCUCCGAGAUCGCCGCCGAGCUUCCUGCGGUGCUGGACAUAUUGACACAGCUUCGCGAAGAAUUGAUUGCAAAUGCCACGGCCAAGGACACAUUCCGCAGAGCUGCAGGAUUCGAACGACUGAUUGAGCUAUUUUCCGCUCACUCGAAAAUCGCCGUUCAGCAUGGCGGAGGAAGCCAGAAAUCGGCGGCCUCAGAGCAAGAAAACAAUCUUGCAUUUGUGACCGCCUUGCUUCGACUACUAUUCGCUACGCUUGAUACCCAUCAAGGCAAUCGCAAAUACUUUGGCGUACGUCUAAAUGGAUGGCGAGCUGUCCGCGAGUGCGUCGCGAAUGCACAAUCCGCUUUGACGGAGGGGCUCACACAGACCAAAUCGCCCAACAUCGUUGUCCUGUACGAUAGCCUGUUAUCUCUCGCCUUCCUGGACGAAUCCAUCACAUUCGAAUACUGCGUCCGUGGCAUACGAUACGACAUUCCCGCGGAUCCAUCUGACCCUCCUACGAUCUUCUCUGCUCUACCAGUUACGCCGCUCAAGGUGAUGAUCAAGAUCCCGGAGGUCUUUUCCACUUUAUUCCACCUGGCCCUGCAGCUUCAAGGACAACCUUCAGCGUCAGACGUCGAUGAGACCUCCUCGCCUGCAUUUGAGCUUAUAAAAUUUAUACAAACGGUGGGUGGCGGUCCUCCGGAAGCAAACCUCCUGACCGAUGCGCUUCCGCUGCUAUUCAACGAAUCAACAAGCACUAAGUUGAAGGGUCUACUUCGCUCGAUUUGUUUCGACCUCGGCGCGUAUGGUUUCCAGAACCUUGACGAUGCUGCGGUCCUCUUUCGGCAAGCCUCGAAAUCUGACGCAGCGCGCGACUUGCUCCGCGACCUUCUCCUCAACUCCCGAUGGCCGGGGUAUUUCGAAUUUGAUCUCCGCCUGCGGGGAUUCGCUUCGAUCGAAUUCCCGAGUCUUCCGCGAGUCUUCCCAUCCGAGACUGGAUAUUCCUUGGUGGCUUGGAUGCGAUUCGACCAAUUCGAUCGAAAUUGUCACACAACCAUUUUCGGGGCCUAUGAUCACGAUCAAAAGUGCUUUGUCCUGAUAUACCUCGAAAAGGACAGCUUCCAGCUGAUCUUGCAAACGUCAGUUCGCUCAGCGGCUAUACCGAGCAUUCGCUUCAAAACCGCCAAAUUCGAGCUAUAUCGAUGGUAUCAUGUUGCUCUGAUUCAUCGCAGGAAUGCGUCUCAUCCAGACCAAAGCAUGGCUUCGCUCUUCAUCAAUGGCGACUUUGUGGAGCAGCGGAAGUGCUCAUACCCGGAAUCGCCAGCUCUGCAACCUGAGAGAUUGGGCCCGCCACAGGCGGGAGCUCCGCACCGCCGCCUGAACCCUGUCCAGGCAUUCUUUGGAACUCCGAGCGGCAUCGCGACCAGUAAUGUGCCAGGAGCCGUGCAGUCGCGGUGGUCGCUGGCCGGCGCCCACCUCUAUCAGACACCUUUGACCGACGAGAUCAUCGCGGUGUACUGUCGUUUGGGCCCCCGGUAUCGCGGCAACUUCCAGGACUGCCUUGGUCCUUUGUUGACCUAUCGGGCCUCUGCGGAACUCCAGCGCUACAACGAGCUUCUGCAUCCCGACAAAUCUGACAAGUCCGACAUCAUCACUGCGACGGAGCAGCGUGGUAGCAACGUCGCCCCUGAGUCGCGGCUCUUGCUCGGUAUCGAUCCCGAUACUACGAUCAACUUUGAGUCGCCCAAUUACUGGUCAUCCUUGGUCGAGUCCGCGGCUGACAGCAAGGCUCUCGCCAAGUACCAGGCACUGGCACAGAAAGCACGCAUCGUAGCCCUCAACACAGCUAUCCCGGCAGCGGUCGAAGCUGUCGGCCGUUCAUAUGGCACAGGCGUGCUCACUGGUGGUGUAUUCGUCGUGCAGCCUCACCAUCUCGAUGACCUCAGCUGGUCCUUGAUCGGCUCUUUGCCGGUCCUCUUCCAGCAGGUCGAGACUGCGAACACAUGUAAAGCGCUGCUGAAAGCCAUUGAAAUCGUCUUGGAAUGUGUCAAGGACAAUUGGCGCAUCAGCGAAGCCAUGGAGAAAGGCCAUGGCUACGGCCUACUCGCUGUGAUAAUCCGCGAAAAGCUUGGCAUCGAAGGGAAUGCAUCGCAUCCGAGCGGGCGACACACUGCCGCAAGCCUUCCGCCCGAAGAUCGGCAAGCGCUUGAAUUACCGCUUCUGACAUCCAUACUGAAGUUCACAGGUUAUGACAUGAACGAGCCGGCGAAAUCCAUGCUCGUGAAUCCGAUGGCAUACCGUGUACUUCUCCUUGACUUCGACACAUGGCGACGAUGUGACAUCCCGACUCAAGAGCUCUAUUGGUCGCAGUUCCGCCAUUUCGUCGUUGACAACCGCCACCUACACUUCAACCAAAAGCGACUAUCCCGCAUGCGUGUGCUCAAGAAGUUCAUGGAAGCGCUCAAAUCCGAGGAUUUCUCCGAGGACUCCGCGGCGUUGAUGAUGCCUACAUUGAAGACUCUGCUGGAGAGCAACAAUGCCCACACGCUGUACCGCGACUUCGCCAUGUUCAUCACCUACGGUCUUCACGACGAACGUGCGAUGCCGGUCGGCCAACCUCGCGGGAUGGCCCAGGUGGUCAGCAUGCGUCAAAGGAUCAGCGCAUGGCCCCGCGGACCCCGAUCACCGCGACCUGCUACGCCCGGCAGUGCCGCCUCGAUCCCCGUCCCGUCAAAACCAAGCAUGACUCGAUUUGAAUUGGCCGUGUUGUGCCUGCGACUCGUCGUCGAGAUCGUAUCCGACGAACGCUCAUCGAAUAACAUGCGUCGCUUCAACAAAGCGGUGCCCAAUCGCUGGCUGCUCCAUCUCCUCGCGGAGACCGAUACGAGAGUCAUCAACCUCGCCGUGCAGAUCGUCUGUCGCGCUCUCGUCGCGCUGGGGCCCGAAUUCAAGGAUCCCUUUGCCGGGAAGAACGUCGGGUUCGUCACGCUGAAGACGCGGCUCAAGUCAUUCUGGCGUUCGCAGGAGCUUUGGGCAACUUCCUUCGCCAUCCUGUUCGGCAGAAACAUCCCGCAGAGGUUUGCGCCCGAAGAAUUCGGUGCCUUUCACCUCGUGGAAGUGCUUACGAUUGACGACGCCACCGAGGUGGUGCAGCCGGAAAUGCUUUCGCCUAUAUUCGCCAUGCUGGAAGCUGGACUGAGACAUGUUGCCUUGACCGACGAUGACGACGACAAGUCCAACCCCGCCGAAGCAGGGAUCAUUGCUGCAAUCAUUCAGUUCCUCAACGAGGUGUACAAUCGAAGCUCUGCUUUCCGCGAGUUUGCAAUCUCGUCAAGAUAUACCCAGGAACUGCUCUUUAUCCUUUUUCCACUUCUCACCGGCUCAGAUCGGCUAGCCGCAGAGACUGAACUCGCAUCCGAAAAAGACGCGCUUUCCUUCAAGGGAGAAGAAGUCAAGAUGCGUCCGCACUCGAACUCUAUCGGCGAACGCCCGCCUUCAGUCAGAAGUUUGAGCUCGGUAUCGAUCAAACGUGUACCAUCUCCGUUGACGGCGAAUCGUGUCGAAGCCCCAAAACGAGUCUCUUCCUUCGUGCUCAUCAACAGCAGUGGAGAUCGUCUAGCUGUCCCGCCUGCACAAUUCACCUCGCCCAUGACGCCCAAGGGCACCGAUCCGAUCAGAAUCAACGUCACAAACUCCCUGGUCGAAGCUUUGCUGGAGCUUGCCAUCAGCAUCUUCAUCGACCAUAUCUGUAACAAGGACAAGUUUGCUGGUGUGGGGCUCUUCCAGAAGGUCCCGCCUGGAUUCCAGGAGCAUCAGGCGUAUUUCGAGUCGUACGUCCUCGUCAACGCGCUCGCUCAACUGGGAAGUCACCUGCGACUCAACCAAAGACUUCUCACGGAUACGAGGGUUCUCACGAACCUGGCGAGGUACACACAGCAUAUGGCAGAGGCAGUGUCGGAAGGAUGGUUCAUUGAUGGGGCUCAGCCAUUGCUUGAUUUCGCGGGCGAACUGCUCGAGCAUCUCCAGCUUCCGAAUAUUGCGCAGACCAAAUCCGUCAGGCUGUGCAGUCAGUCCGUCAACUCGAUCCGCAUCGUGUUCCUGAAAGCUACCCUCUGGCGCCUGUCGGAAUUGAACGAGGACGCCCAGGAGAAGGACGUGACGGAUUUCCUGGUCAAGAUGAUGUACUGGCAGACCAUCCUCUUCUCAUCAGAGAACCAAGAGACGCUCUUCACAAAGCUGAUUUGCUACUUGCUGUACCACAAGCUGGUGUCGAAGGUGCGGACAGUUCGGCUCGCCGCUGCAAGUCUGUGGCGCACUGUCCUGGUGCAGAAGCCUACCGAAGCUGCAACUCUUCUCACAAAUGCAAUGGGUCCAGACCAGAGGCACCUUUCUACAGGAUUCAUGCGGCUGGUCUCUUCCGACGACGACGAAUUCCUGAAUUGGAUCGAUGCAAACCGACGCACCCUCGACAACGUGUUUCAUAACUACCUCAGCCGGCCUUGGGAUGAUUUCGUCCAAAGCGAGAACCGUAGUGCUGAAGAAUCCAGCAAGAAUCGUCUCAGCAAACGGCGCGAGAAGCUGCGGCAAUGGAUGGCAGAAGAGACAUCCACCGACGAUCUCAUCUUCCGGUUUGAAAAUUCCACAAGCUACUGGCGGUCGAAUGUACAUUCGCAGGAACGCACGCGAUUGCAGCGGGCGAUUCAAGAUCACCAGGAAAGCAUGAACCAGCUCUCUACAUCAUUUGACAAGCUGGAGAAGGAAAUCCGCAAGCCGGCGGGCUUGGAGCCUCUUACUACCGCGCCAAGGUGGCAGCUCGAUGAGACUGAGGCGGUCAAUCGAAUGCGUAUGCGCGUGCUGCCGGACUACUCCGAGCACAAAGAAGUCUUCCAGUCGAAACGGAAAUACUCCGAGCGAAGACCGGCUAGUCGUCUUGCGAUCGAUACACAGGUUCCCAAAUUGUUGGCCGAUGAUGUCUUGACACCAAUGCCGAUAACUCCCGCGACGCCAAACAGUGCUGUCGAUCAACCCGAGGCCAUGCGCCCACGAAGCGACUCUGUGUCCAACUCUCAACUUUUGGAAGGCGGCUUCGAAAUGGUUGACGACCCCAAAGAGGACGAGGAUGGACUUAUCGAGGACAAGAACCGCAAGGUCAUGACGAGCCUACAACGCGGCGAUGCGGUCAAACAUCUCUUCAACAUCUCCCGUAUCGUCGGUCUCGAGGCCUGUGAAGGACUGCUCGUGAUCGGAGAGAAGUGUCUCUACAUUCAGGACAACUUCUUCCAGAGAUCCGACGGCGAAAUCAUCGGUGUUGCACAAGCACCUGAGGAUGAACGGGACCCAUAUGUUCAUCAAAUCUCCGGCAAAGACGUCGGCGGUUCACGGUCGAAGCGCUCGCUUGGCGAACAGGAGAUUCGUUGCUGGGCUUGGGCGGAGUUGCUAAGUAUCUCCAAACGUCGCUUCUUGUUGCGCGAUGUCGCCGUCGAGGUCUUCUUCACCGAUGGACGCAGCUAUCUCCUCACCUGCAUGGCAACGAAAGGCCGAGAUGACCUCUACAGUUACAUCGUCUCCCGUGCGCCGCACGUCCACAGUACCACUGCCAGCACGGGCGAGGAUUCCUGGAGGCUCGACACCCUACGAACUCCUGAGUCCGAACCGCAAAGCUUCGGGUCGAAGUUCGGCAACCUGUUCAACUCCGGCCCGACGCACGCGGCGACGAAGAAGUGGAUGAAGGGCGAGAUGUCCAACUUUCAAUAUCUCAUGCUGGUCAACACCAUGGCCGGGCGGACCUUCAACGACUUGACGCAAUAUCCCGUCUUUCCAUGGGUCCUCGCCGACUACACCAGCGAGGAGCUGGAUCUCGACAACCCGCGAGUCUAUCGCGACUUCUCGAAGCCGAUGGGGUGUCAAUCGCCUCUGCGUGAGGCGGAAUAUAAAGAUCGCUUCAAGCAAUUCGCCGAGAUGGGCGACCACAAUGCCCCGCCGUUCCACUAUGGCACACACUACUCUUCAGCCAUGAUCGUGAGCUCGUACCUCAUCCGUCUGCAGCCCUUCGUUCAAUCAUAUCUGCUGCUUCAGGGGGGUACCUUUGACCACGCAGAUCGCUUGUUCGAUUCGAUCGAGAAGACCUGGAUCUCGGCUUCACAGGAGAACCGCAGUGACGUGCGGGAGUUGACACCGGAGUUCUUCUACCUUCCGGAAUUCCUCACCAACAUGAACAAUUACGACUUCGGCAGCAAGCAAGGCAGCGGCGAGUCUGUCAAUCACAUUCAACUGCCCAGAUGGGCGAAGGGUGAUCCGCAUAUAUUUAUUGCCAAACAUCGAGAGGCACUGGAGAGUCCGUACGUCAGUGAGCAUCUGCACCAGUGGAUCGAUCUGGUUUUUGGUUUCAAGCAACGUGGCGAAGCCGCGAUUGAAGCCACGAAUUGCUUCCACCAUCUGUCGUACGGCGGCGCAAAGGAUCUUGAUAAGAUUGACGAUCCCGUCGAACGCCUCGCUACCAUCGGCAUCAUCCACUCUUUCGGUCAGACUCCGCAUCAGGUGUUCACUCGACCUCAUCCCACGCGCGAGUACGACAGGCAUGCCGAUCCUCGGCUUGACUCGCUCAUCGAGACCUUGAUUCGUGUCCCGAAUGUUCUCAUCCAGACGGGCGAGCGUGUCGCCGACCUGACCUUUUCCCGCACAGAGAAGACUCUUCUCGCCUGCGGUCCUCUUCGACGGAACGUGCCACCGGCGUUCGAUCGGUUUGUACAAUGGGGCUUCACGGACAACAGUCUGCGUUUUUUCGCGCUGUCCUCUGGUCGCUUGCUCGGUCUAUAUGAGAAUACCCACGUCGGACCUAUCACAACUACGACCUUUGUGGAUAGCAAAACUCUUCUGACAGCCGGCAUGGACUGUACCAUCGGCGUUUGGACUCUCUCCUCGGUCACACGGAAUAGCGUCGAGAUCUCACCCAAGACUUACCUCUUCGGCCAUCGAUCGCCCGUCAUCAUCCUCGCAGCAAGCCGCGUCUUUAGCACGCUCAUCUCCGUCUCCACCGAUGGCCAGGCCCUCCUGUGGGGUCUCAACCGAUACAAUUGCAUCCGCGUCCUCCUUCCCGCGCGCCAGGACGACAACAACAGCGAAACCACAACCCCCUCCAUGCCGACCAUCACCGCCGCCCGCAUCAGCAACGUCACCGGCCACAUCCUGCUCGCCGCCGGCCCGGAACUCCUCCUCUACACCCUCAACGGCCACCUCCUCGUGCGCCAACGAAUCGCCGAGCGGCCCGCCGACACCAUCACGGCCAUCGCCUUCUACGAGGGCGCGCCCGACCACAGCAACGCCUAUCUCCGCCGCGAACUCAUCUUCUCCGGCCACCCCGGCGGCGUGACCAACGUCUGGCAACUCGAGAGCCUGGGCGAUGGCGAAUGGCGCCUCGUCCUCGUCAAGCGCAUGGCCGGCGGCACCGACGUCGGCCGCGCGAUCGUCAGCGCCACCUCCACCACCGCCGACCAUGCGCCCCUCGGGAAGGCCGCGGUCACCUGUAUCCUGCCCGCGGCCAGAGCGGUCUACGUCGGGGACGAGGAUGGGAAUGUUUGGGACUGGGAAUGCGUGCAGCGGGGUGGCGCCGGGCGGUAGGGCGAUGGUUUUUUUUUUGACAGACGGGUCGAUUGGGGAUCUUGUCGGUGGAUUGUGUGCAUUUCAGAAUAGAUGUCUUGUUCGCGUGCCGUUGUUCCUGGUCAGAAAUACAGUUUCGUGCCGCCGGAAUGGCGGCCCUUGUGCGCAAAGGGUGCCUUCUACAUUUCUCAUGGUCAUGAUUUGCUUCGCUCUUAGAAAGCUCGAAGAAAACAUAAUGUGCAGUAGGCGAAUGUUGUC